AUGAAGGACAUCACAUAUCCCUUGGUACCAUCAAAGAAAGACAAGGAGCGAUAUUUUGCUCAGUUUCUUGACAUCUUCAAUAAGCUGGAGAUCACCAUUCCCUUUAGAGAGGUCUUACAGCAUAUGCCUUUGUAUACCAAAUUUCUGAAGGACCUCCUCACAAAGAAAGGAAAAUAUAUCAACAAUGAGAGCAUUGUGGUGGAAGGAAAUUGCAGUGUUGUAAUCCAUAAAAUUUUACCAAGGAAAUUCAAAGACCCAGGAAAUAUAACCAUCCCAUGCUCUAUUAGGGAUGUGUCAGUGGGUAAAGCUCUCAUUGAUCUAGGGGCAAUCAUUAAUUUGAUGCCUCUCUCUAUGUGUCGAAGAAUCGGAAAUCUGAAGGUUGCUCCUACUAAAAUGACUCUUCAACUAGCAGACCGCUCCAUUAUCAGACCAUAUGGUGUAGUUGAAGAUGUCCUGGUUAAAGUUCGCCAAUUCACUUUUCCAAUGGACUUUGUGAUAAUAGACAUAAAAGAGGAUUCUGAUAUUCCCUUAAUAUUGGGCAGACCAUUCAUGCUAACUGCAAAAUGUGUUGUGGACAUAGGAAAUGGAAAUGUGGAGAUAAGUGUGGAGGACCAUAAAGCCACCUUUAACUUGUUCGAGGUAAUAAAACAUCCAAGUGAUAGCAAGACCUGA